AUGUCUCAAGUGAUCCUGGCAUACCUUGAAAGAUCUUGGUCCGAACUCCGCACAUUACCCGUGCCAGCCAUUGCGAGUCUGCUACUGCUCGUCCCAGUAUUCGCAGUGCUCCUGGAUUACAGCCGAGUACUAUGGCUCCGACGACGGCUCCCACCAGGACCGCUUCCAGUCCCAAUCUUUGGGCAUUACUUCAUCACGCCAAAGAAAAAGCCAUGGGUGACGUGGGAAAAGUGGGCGAAGGAUUACCAAAGUCCGCUCAUCACGAUUUGGAAUGGCCACCGUCCUUGCAUCGUUUGUAACGAUGCAUGGGCAGCAUCGGAUCUCAUGGAGAAGCGUGCGGCGACAUAUUCCUCUCGACCGCUGAUGCCCAGCAUGGGUGACAUGAUUGAUUCAACGGAUUCGAAUCAGGUCUGCUUGGAAUAUGGAGAGAAAUGGAGGCUUCAUCGCAGGUUGAUCCACACUGCAGUCGGAAGCCAGGCAGUGCGCGACUAUCAGCAAUUCCAAUCGAACGAGGGCAUCUUGUUGAUGCGUGACCUUCUUCAACAGCCCGACAACUAUGAGCUGUGUAUCGAAAGGUACUCUGUGUCAGUGGCCUCUAUUAUUGGAUGGGGCCGGCGCAUCAAUAAAAUCAACGACCCAGUGGCUCAAGCGGCGCUGGCAAUCAUGGAGGGCGUUGACCUCGUCGUACCGUGUAACCAAAUGACAGAGAUAAUUCCCUGGCUGAUCAACGUGCCAAAAUUCAUCUGGGCUUACCCUUCUAUUGUAAAGCUCGGUGCGAAGAUGGGCAAAGAGUACUUCUAUCGACUUACCGAAGAGGCAGUCCACCGGAGCGACAAUUACGCCAAGCGUCUUAUGACAGAGGCAAGCACGAAGGAGCUCUCGGAGGCGGAGAUUGCUUCAUUGACUUCAAACUUGAUUGGGGGCGGCGUAGAUACAACAUCCUCUUCGAUUAUCAGCUUUGUCCUCGCCAUGUGCGUCUUCUCAGAAGUGCAAGAGAAGGCUCAGAAAGAGAUCGAUGAUCAUCUCGGCGGACGUUGUCCAACAAUUCACGAUCAAGACUCGUUGCCGUAUAUCAGUGCUGUGGUGCAAGAGGUCUUGCGUUGGCGAACAGUCACCAUCCUCGGCGGUAUUCCACAUGCACCCAUCAAAGACGACGUGUACAUGGACUACCACAUCCCAAAAGGAACCGGCAUUUACGGUAAUGUCUGGGCCAUUCAUCGCCACCCCCGAGAAUUCCCCGCCCCCGACUCUUUUCGCCCUGAGAGAUUUAUUAACCACGAACGGCCGUAUCCGGUCAAGAAGGGCCACAAUGCUUUCGGCUGGGGUCGCAGGCAAUGCAGUGGGCAGCCGCUUGCAGAACAAGGUUUAUUCAUGAUCAUCAGUCGAAUGCUCUGGAGUUUCCAUAUCAAACCGGGUUUGAACGAGAAGGGUCGCGAGGUCACUCUGGACAUUUUUGCAUUCAAUGAUAGCGAGAAUAUGCGGCCUUUGCCAUUCAAGGCGCGCUUUGUACCUCGCAGCCCACAGAUUCAGGACCAGAUCAUGGCCGACGCCAAAAUGGCUCGCGAAGAAUUGAGGCGAUAUGAUGGUGAGACGCAUAUAUCGCCAACCAUGUAG